CGCGCUCUCGCCACCACUGAGGGGAUUGAAUUGAGGCGCCUCGGCUGCGGGAGGCGAAAAAGGAGGAGGAGCAGCUGCCGCGCAAGUGAGACGGGGGCAGAGCAGGAGACUGACACAGAGAAGGAAAGGGAGAGGAGGAUGUCUCACAGAACGAGCGCCCGGAUCAGCCCGUGACUCGGCGGCGGGCCUCAGACCCCAGAGCGGACUCGGACUUUGUCUUUGGGGGCCCGUGCUCUGUCCUUCCUGGUUUCCAGCAAGUUCGCAGAGGAGCCGCAGUGCCUCUGCCCCCCAGCCUUCCUCACCAUGUCCAAGAUGCCGGCCAAGAAGAAGAGCUGCUUCCAGAUCACCAGUGUCACCACGGCCCAGGUGGCCACUAGCAUCACCGAGGACACCGAGAGCCUGGACGACCCGGACGAGUCACGCACCGAGGACGUCUCCUCUGAGAUAUUUGACGUGUCUCGGGCCACGGAUUAUGGCCCUGAGGAGGUCUGCGAGCGUAGCUCCUCCGAAGAGACUCUCAACAAUGUUGGGGAUGCGGAGACUCCCGGGACGGUCUCCCCAAACCUCCUUCUGGACGGGCAGCUAGCGGCCGCGGCUACUGCUCCCGCCAACGGAGGAGGAGCCGUUUCGGCCCGGAGCGUGAUUGGGGCGCUGGCCAAUACUCUGGCGACAGCUGCCACCCCAGCCCCCUCCUCGGGGGCAUCCGGCGCCCCCCCGGCCGCGGGCUCAUCUGCGGGGCCAGCUCCAUCGCAGCCCCCCACCACUUGUAGUUCCCGUUUUCGCGUGAUCAAGCUGGACCACGGGAGCGGGGAGCCCUAUAGACGCGGUCGAUGGACGUGUAUGGAAUACUAUGAGCGGGAUUCGGACAGCAGUGUCCUGACCAGGUCCGGGGAUUGCAUUAGGCACAGCAAUACUUUUGACCAGACUGCGGAACGAGACAGCGGCCUGGGCGCCACCGGAGGGUCGGUGGUAGUGGUGGUGGCCUCCAUGCAGGGGGCACACGGGCCCGACUCGGGAACUGACAGCUCCCUGACUGCUGUGUCACAGCUACUAGCUCCAAGCUUGGCUCUGAGGCCGUCGUUCCCGGGAGCCGCAGCCGGGCCGCAGCAAGUGACGGCGGUUCCGCAGCCCAUCCAGCCCCAGGGAACCGGGCCAGGCGUCGUCCCUCCGGGGCCCAAUGGACAGGGUCUUCCGCUAACGAAUGUAACCCUGGCACAGCCCGGCAUGUCUCUGCCUCAGCAGCCUGGCCCGGCCGCCGGCGCUUCUGCGACGCAGCAGCCUCAGCAGUUCGCAUAUUCCCAGCCUCAGAUUCCGCCGGCGCAUUUGCUGCCGGUCCAGCCCUCCGCCCUCAGCGCUGGAGUUCCCCCAGCUCCUGUGGGAGGCACGGUGCAACCGGGCCUGGUUCCUACCGGGGCCGGGCAGCCCCAGUCGGUGCCUCCACCGCAGGUGGGAGGCAGCGGUGCGCCGUCAGCCGCGUCUGGUGGCCCUCACACCAUGGUGCCCGGAGUUCCAAACGUGCCUGCCGCCGUGCCCGCUCCAAGCGUGUCCAGUGUGUCUACCACAUCUGUUACUAUGCCACAUGUACCCACGGUCCUGGUCCAGUCGCAGCAGCUGAGCAGCCAUGCGCCAGUCAGCAGGAGCGGUAGCAUAAUCCAGCAAGUCGGGCUGCCUUUAGCGCAAGGCACACCCAGUGCACCAACAAGUCUACCGCAGUCUGACCUAAGCCAGUUUCAGACUCAGAACCAGCCUUCAGUCGGACAAGCUGACGAUACUAGAAGAAAAUCAGAACCCCUACCUCAACCACCACUUUCUCUCAUUGCUGAAAAUAAGCCUGUUGUGAAGCCUCCUGUUGCCGAUGCCCUGGCAAACCCCCUUCAGUUAACACCUAUGAACAGUCUGGCCACCUCUGUGUUCAGCAUAGCUAUUCCUGUUGAUGGUGAUGAAGACAGGAAUCCUUCAACUGCUUUCUACCAAGCGUUCCAUUUGAACACGUUUCAGGAAUCAAAGAACCUCUGGGAUAGUGCAUCUGGGGCAGGUGGUGUAGCCAUUGACAACAAAAUAGAACAAGCAAUGGAUCUGGUGAAAAGCCAUUUGAUGUAUGCAGUAAGAGAAGAAGUGGAAGUUCUAAAGGAACAAAUAAAAGAAUUAGUUGAAAGAAACUCUUUACUUGAACGAGAAAAUGCACUGUUAAAGUCUCUUUCAAACAAUGAUCAAUUAUCCCAACUCCCAGCCCAACAGGCCAAUCCUGGUAGCACUUCUCAACAGCAAGCAGUGAUAGCACAGCCUCCGCAGCCAACGCAACCUCCACAGCAGCCGAAUGUCUCCUCAGCAUAAAGCUUUCUUGCCUCAUUAAGAAAAAAAACUGAAAGCAAUCUAUCCUGUGUGCCACUGGUGUUCUUUCCACUUUAUAUGAAAGCAAGUAGCCAUGCUUCGGUUAUGUGUUUGGCCUUUUCAGUAUUAGACAAUCAUUCUACAAGAGCUUUUCCUCUCUUUGAGAUGUCAUGCAGUGCUGUUGAUGUCCAGUUUUAUGUCAUCAAUACACAAGGAGAAUAAUAGAUGGGGUUUAUUAAAGCAAGCAAAGUCUGCAUUUUACCUGGUGCGUAUGAGUCCUUUAAGAGCUUUAGUGGCUCUUCCAUGUGUCUGUCAUCCAUGGAUUUACCCUGAGCCUUCCUAUCAUAUUAUAAAUAACAGUUCAUCUAAAGAGCCACUUUUCUUUCAGUAUCAGUAACAUUUGCCUACAUAAGUUUUCAUUUAUUUGUGUUUUAUUUAUUACAGGGCUGCUAUUUUCAUAAUGUACAUGAACAAUGUCACAGAACUUUUUUAAUUUUUGAAUAAUUAUAAGUAUCAGUAAAGGAAUUGAAAGACAGGAUUGCAUUUAACAGAUUAAACGUUUAGGCAAUAAUUGAACAAAAGAAUCCUGGCAUAUUUCUAACACUAAUGGCAAUUUACCUUCGGUAUUUAUUUUUAGUAGUAAAGACCCAGCUUGAAUGUAAAUUUUGUAUAGUGUAAGUAUGAAGAACAUAGUGCAACUGUACAGGUAGUAACCAAUUAUUGUGAUAUAAUAAAUAAUUGGGCUAUUUUGAUGAAGAAAACUUUGUUCAUUUGUUUCUACUUUCUAAUAGAGAAAUUGCCACGAUUCCUCUGCUUUUCAACAUUUCGUAUGACUUUUUUGGGAGCGGGGGGUGGGGAAAAAAAGCUGUGAAAUUGUUCAACCUACUUUGUAACCAAAGAAGCAAAGCUGUGUAAUGGAGUUUGGGGGGGGGGGGGUUGUUUUUGUUUUUUUUUUAUAAUGCACAUUCUUUAUGUAUUUUUAUUUAGUGUUUUCUUGGUCACAAUUUUCUUUGCUGUCUAGCAUGAUCUGCAUGACCUAUACUCUUUGAACCACUUUCGUACCUCAUGUUUUUAUUCAGCACUCUUAUUGUAAUAUGUACUAGUCUGUGAACAAUGUCAAAUAAAAAAGAAAGAACAGGUAGUAUGGUGGAGCUGAGCUAGUGUAUUAUACACUAGUUGUAAAGUACAAAAUAAAAUGAAGUGAGCCAUCUUUUGUUCAUUUAAAAUGGUGUUUUGAAUUUCGUAUGCAAAAGACGUUUUGUUACAUUGCAGAUUUUAAUGUAUUUAAUAAAUGCAACAUGCAGAUAAA